AUGAUAUUAUAUCGAACAGUGCAGAAAUCAAUACCAAGCUUUUUGAUCCGUUUGAAUCACGUAGCUGCAUGUUCAACUACUUCGCCAGAAGUCACAACAUUGAAGCUUUCCCUAAACGACAUGCAGAAAGUGCAGUCAUUGAAGAUUGAGACUGACGUACUCCCGAUAGGCACCAUUGAAAAAGAUGCAAGUGAAUUGCAGGAUAAGACUUUGGCAUUACCUCCAUCAUUAAGACAAGUAAGAAAGCUUAUGGACACUUAUCAAGACAAUGUUGUUUUGACACAGAUGGGUUCUUUCUAUGAAUUGUACUUUGAGCAUGCGACAAAAUAUGCCCCAAAAUUGAAUAUAUCGCUAACUAGUAAAACUUAUAACCAUGGAAAGGUUCCCUUCGCAGGGUUCCCAAUUCAGCAACUUAACCGACACUUGAAGGUUUUGGUUAACCACUUUGGAUAUAGUGUGACCAUUGCAGAUCAAUUUAAAAAUGAGCAGGUUCCGGACAAUGAUCCAAGCAAAUUUUUAAGAAGGGUUACAAGAAUUGUAACACCAGGUACAUUUAUAGAUGAAGCGUUCGAAAAUUUUAAAGAGAAUUCCUACUUACUGACAAUAGAUUUUCCAGAAAACUGUAUAAAUAAAUUAGCAGACUCAAAUUUGAAAGUUGGAUUAUGCUGGUGUGACCUCUCAACAGGUGAGUUAUUUGUUCAACAAGUAUAUUUGAAGGACUUGGUAUCAGCUAUAACUAGAAUACAACCUAAAGAGAUACUGCUAGAUGCUAGCUUGAUCCCCCAUUCUAUUGAAUCAGGUAACUGGUAUCCCGAGCUCGUUGAAUUAAAAAAAUAUUUCAUUAAAUUCCAGACUAUGCCGUCACAAUAUAGGACUAUGGACUCAUUCUACAAAUUAUUUGCCUCUGGGCGAGAAGAUCCUGCCAAGGCACAAUUAAAGUAUAAACUUCAAUCGUUUACUCAAAAAGAAGUUGCAGCCUUGAGGAAUACAUUGACUUACGUUGACGAUCACUUGCCUAACUUCUCAAUAAAUUUCCAGCUGCCUGAAAGACAACUCACCACUUCAAUUAUGCAAAUUGAUUCACGGACUAACGCAGCACUGGAACUGCACUCCACAGUAAUGAAUAACAGUAAAAAGGGCUCCCUUCUUUCCAAUAUAAGGAGGACAGUUACGCCUGUUGGAACGAGAUUAUUGAACCAGUGGCUUUCUGCUCCAUCCCUUAAUUUGGCUGAGAUAAAAAAUCGCCAGAAAAUGGUGCUUUUUUUCAAGAAAAAUACAGAAGUUACUAGGUUAUUGGUACUACAACUUAAAAAAAUUCAUGAUCUAUCAAGGAUAUUACAAAAAUUUAGUUUUGGUAGAGGUGAUGCCUUGGAGCUAGUUCAGAUUUCUCAAUCUCUGAAGGCAGCCUUAGCAAUCAGUGAUUUAUUAGAAUCGACACUGAAAGAAUGUCAGAAAUCAGUAAAACCUUUAUUUCUAAAUCUUAAAGAAAAGCUAAGUUUUGAUCGAGCGUUGGUCGAUGAUGUGCUGGCUUCUUUAAAUGAGGACCUGGUUUUGAUGAAUGAAAUGGAGACUUUGGAACUUAUCACAGAUAUGAAUAUUGGAAAUGGCCUAUUGGAUGAAGCCGCCUCUACUUAUUCUUCUACUAAAGUCGCUGCUGGCUAUAUUGUCAAUCCUUCGUAUCAUGCAUCUUUACAAAAAUGUCACCAAGAGUACGAAAAUUUGCUAUUGCAAAAGGAAAAGCUGGAGCGUCACUUUCAAGAUCUUUUUAUAGAUAAGUUUGGUGCUAAAAAAGUAAGUUUAAAGCAAAGACAAAACAAUGAAUAUGCUAUUCACGUAGUAGGUUCUAGUAUAAGCUUAACCAAAAUAAAUGAUUUCAUCAAAGAGGGGAAAUAUAUUAAAGAUCAGUCUCUCAGGAUCAUCCAGCAAUCAUCACAGACCAGAUGGUUAUCGAGUAAAGAAUGGACAGAACUAUCAUAUCAAUUAGAACUGGCACAGUUACAUAUUAAAAAGGAGGAGGUAGAUAUCAUUAAUUCUUUUAAAGACAAAUUUGUUCAAAAGAGUAGUGAAAUUAGAGAUAUUAAUGCUACUUUAGGAUACCUUGAUACAAUUUCUUCCUUCGCAAUAUUGGCGACUGAGAAAGAUUUGGUGUGUCCAAAAGUUGAUAAUAGCACAAUAUUGAAAAUUGAUGGAGGUCGUCACCUUAUGGUUGAAGAAAGUUUAUCCAUGAAAUCUCUUGAGAAAUUUGUCGACAAUGACUGUGAAUUGAAAGGUGGCAAUCUUUGGGUAAUAACUGGUCCAAAUAUGGGUGGUAAGUCCACAUUUCUCAGACAAAAUGCCAUUAUUGUAAUUUUAGCACAAAUUGGUUGUUUUGUUCCUUGUAGUAGUGCCCAUAUCGGUUUGGUGGACAAGAUCUUUAGUAGAAUUGGCUCCGCGGAUGAUCUUUAUAAUGAAAUGAGUACCUUCAUGGUAGAAAUGAUAGAAACGUCAUUCAUUUUGCAUGGUGCCACGAAUAGAUCGUUAGCAAUUCUCGAUGAGAUUGGGCGCGGUACAAGCGGUAAAGAAGGUGUUAGUAUUGCGUUUGCGACGUUGAAAUAUUUGAUAGAACAUAACCAAUGUAAGUCUCUCUUCGCAACUCAUUUUGGUGAAGAACUAAAUAAUAUAAUUAAGGCGAAAAAUGAAAAACAAUUACAUGAUAAAGUCGCCUUUUAUCAGAGUGGUAUUUUUGAGAUUGACGAUACCAAGUUUUCCUACAAUUACAAAUUAAGGCCCGGAAUCAGUGCAAAGUCUGACGCUACCAAGGUUGCACAAUUAGCUGGAUUUCCUGAAGAGGUUUUGAAAGAGGCAGAAAGUAUCUUAGCUGCAUGA